AAAGCCUGACUGAGGCCUAUAGGAAACACGCAAAGCCUGAUAACACAGAAUCAGCUGCCAAAAUCAAACAAAAGGAGUCCAGACAGACUACAGUCCCAUUAAGCCUUGCUCACUUUACACCUAGGUGUGAAAGUCUGAAGGAUCGAACUCUCAAAUCCUAUUGGAUGAAACGCACAACAGAAUGCAUCCCUCAACCAUGAUGUCAUCCAGAGUAUAAACCCCAGAGAUUCCUCCUAAGCUUGCUUCGAGCAACAGUAUGCACCACGUCUAUUUGCAGCUCUGCUGCUCCCAGGUUUAGCCUCGUUGCCCAAGGAAGCAACGUACAUACCUGAACUUUGGCCAUACAAUCUUCAUCUCGCUGGAUGAGCUGAGAUUUCUCCGUGUUCCACCGAGCAUGCUAACGGAUCCGAAGGAGACCACUGAGCAAGCCGCGUCUCACCCUUUUGCCUGCAGAAGUGAAGAAAGACAAUUUCUCUUCCUUCUUCAACCAAGUCGACUUUGCUGAUUUCUCUGCCGACCCGCCAAGAAUCAGCUGCCGUACCGCAUGGCAACAGAGAGUGGAAAUGGCCUCCCGUCAUCAACCGAGCUUCGACUCAAGAAUUCGUUCAUGGGACACAAAUCUUAUUGAUUGUAACUUGGACCAGGAGCUGAAGCUUUUUGUUUCUCGACACUCUGCCAGGUUUUCAGCUGAUGUGAGAGGGCAAAAGAUUCUGCAUCACAAAAGCAAUGUGCUGGAGACUGUCGUGCUCAUCAACCCCUCAGAUAAAGCUGUUAGCACAGAGGUACGUUUGAUGAUCUCAGACACAGCCCACCAUAAGCUGAUUGUCCUUGCGGGACAGUGUUUUGAAAAUACAGGCGAGCUGAUUCUCCAGUCAGGCUCCUUUUCUUUCUCCAAUUUCAUAGACAUUUUUACAGAUCAAGAGAUUGGGGAGCUUCUAAGCACCAUACAUCCCGCCAACAAAGCCAGUUUAACCCUUUUCUGUCCUGAACAUGGUGACUGGAAAAACUCCAAUCUGGACAAACACAACUUGCAGGACUUCAUUAAUAUGAAACUUAACUCCCCAACCAUCCUUCCAGAAAUGGAGGGUCUCUCUGAAUUCACAGAGUACCUCUCAGAAUCUGUUGAGAUCCCAUCUCCGUUUGACAUGCUGGAACCUCCAACCUCAGGAGGGUUCCUUAAAUUAUCUAAACCAUGUUGCUAUAUUUUCCCUGGUGGGCGAGGCGAUUCAGCAUUGUUUGCAGUUAAUGGCUUCAACAUGCUGAUUAAUGGUGGAUCUGAUAGAAAGUCUUGUUUUUGGAAGUUGGUGCGGCAUUUGGACCGAGUGGAUUCUAUUCUAUUAACACACAUUGGAGAUGACAACCUUCCUGGUAUCAAUAGCAUGCUGCAGCGCAAAAUGGCUGAACUUGAAGAGGAGCAGUCACAGAGUUCCACAGCUAACAGUGACUGGACAAAGAAUAUGAUCUCACCUGAUAUUGGUGUUAUGUUUGUCAACAUGCCCCAGAACCUGGAUAACCAAGAACCGAACUACAAGAUCAGGAGAAUUGCUGAGGAGGCAUCUCUCACUCUUCAGUACCUAACCAAGUUGUCUUUAAAAUCUGAACCUCUGCACAGGAAUAUAGGGAAUACAGUAGAUCCCAUUAUACUUUUCCAGAAAAUGGGUGUUGGAAAGCUUGAAAUGUAUGUUCUCAACCCAGCUAAGAAUAGCAAGGAGUUGCUGUACUUUCUGAAAGAAUGGACUGGCAGUGAAACAGACAAAGCUGCCAUCUUGUUACCAAAUGGAAAGGAAUCAGAGCUCCCAAUCUCAUAUUUGUCUUCUAUCUCAUCAUUGAUUGUGUGGCAUCCUGCUAACCCAUUCGAAAAAAUAGUUCGUGUUCUUUUCCCAGGUAAUUCCACUCAAUAUAAUAUUCUUGAAGGUCUAGAGAAACUUAAACACUUAGACUUCCUCAAACAUCCUGUGGUCACACAGAAAGAUCUUUCUUCAAAUGUAGCCCCGACACUCAAACAAGCAAAGCUGAAACAUAAGACAGACAGCAAGGAGAGCCUUAAGUCCACAUCAAAACCAUCCCCAAGCAAAAAUCUUCAGAAAGAGUUACAAGAAGAAACCCCUGAAAAAGUAAAAAUACUUAGUAAAGCUGACUCCAUUCGUUCUGUGGAAACUCAAGAGCUGACACAAAAAACAGAGAAGAAAGAAAAAACACUUGUGAAAAAAGUGAAAGCUGGAGAGAAGGACAUUAAAAGCAAAAGUGAGCAAACGCCCAAAAUUGACACUCCUGAAAAAAAGAAAUCUGACAUUAAACAAAAAACAAUAAAAAAAGAGACAAAGAAAACAGUGGAAAAGAGUGAGGCUGAUAAAAAGGAUGACAAGCCCAUGCCCAAGAAAGAAGAAAGGGUCAAAAAAGAAGACAAGGUAAAGAAAGAGGAGGCGAAGAAGGAGAUGAAAAGACGAGACAUUAGGAAAGAUUCCCUUUUGAAGGAGAGCAGGAAAGAAGAAAAGAAAGAAACUCAGAAAGAUGAAAAAGAGAUUAAAAGAGAUAUGAGGAAAUCUGGAAGCUUGAAAAAAAAUGCCCCUGGGGCAGCUGAGGUGAAAAAACCUGCACCAAAACCAAAGGUUGCAACAAGAGGAAAAGGACCUGGUAGUCCUGCAAAAUCCAAAGACAAGGCUAAGUCCAAGCCCAUUAGAAAAGAUGCUGGAGAAUCAGUGGUAGCACCUUCUGCCUUAGGUGCUACUGUUGAAGGGCCUGCUACUGAAGCCACAGAUGUCACAGAUGCUCUUGAAGUAGAGAGAUCACUGAUGUCUUCUCCAGAGGACCUCACCAAAGACUUUGAGGCUCUGAAAGCAGAGGAGAUUGUUGAAGAUGAUGAAAUCCUAACUCAGACCAUAAUAGAAGAUUUUGAUCAAGGAGAAAUGGUCAAGUGUGAAGAAAUAACUCUUUGCAAAGAGUCUCCAGAAGCACCAGAGUCCCUGGAUGAAGGAAUAGCAACCACAGAAGCUGAGGAGGAAUGUGGAGGUACCCCAGGGGAUCUAGAAACAAAUCAAAAAAGCAAUGGCACCAGUGAAAAAUUUGAAGAUGAGGGAACAGGGCUGGAAGAGUCAUCUGAGACAGGAGACUAUGAAGAAAAAGGUGAUACAGAGGAAGUGGAUGAGCAGGAACGAAUAAUAGCCAAGUUAAAAGUUGAUGGAGAGCAAGAAGAGCAGGAAAACAUGGGUGGAUUAGAUGAUAGUGCAGGAGAACCACAUUAUGGGCAAGACAAAGAAACUGAGUUGCAGAAUUUGGUAGUAACCACACCUCAAAAUCUCUGUGAACCUGUGUCACCCACUGCUUCUAUUCAUGAUGAAACCCUGCCAGCAGGUUCAGAAAGUGAGGCUGCCUCUGAUGAUGAAAAUCGAGAUGAGCCUCCAGAAGAAUAUACCACAUCAGUACACACUCAGUCUACAAUUGAGAUAUCAAGUGUUCCAACUCCUAUGGAUGAAAUGUCAACUCCAAGAGACAUAAUGAGUGACGAGACUAUGAAUGAUGAGACUGAUUCUCCCUCUCAAGAUUUUGUCAGGUACGGAAUCACUACAGAUUAUGAACGAAAUAAACUUUCACCUCUCCAAGUUCUUCCUGAGUUAGAUCACUCAAAGAGUGAUGCCACUGAGGGGCAUGAUUAUCAUGCAUCAGCUUCCACGAUUUCACCACCUUCUUCACUGGAGGAAGACAAAUCUAGCAAGGAAUUUUUGGCUAAAGAUAAUUUCCCUUUUGAUUCACACAGGCUCACUGCUUCCACUACAACUUUGCCUCUUGUUAGAUCACCGUCAGGUGACCAAAAUGUGAACAUUGCACAUGUUCAUGCAGGUGUGUCUUCACCAAUUGAGCUGGGCACCACACUUUCAGGAAUGUCAAAAGGAAUAGACUCCUCAUACAGUCCAGAUGAGAAAACAUUAGAGGGUCCUUUAUCUCCUCAGUCCUCAGGUCAUACACCUUACUAUCAAUCCCCAGUGGAGGAGAAAGCUGGCACUCUAUCAACUGAGGAAUCGUCCAAGCCCCAGGGUCCUAUUAUUGUUGACAUCACAAGUGACAAAGAAUACUCUCCUAGAGAGGCUAGUCCUAUUGAUGAAGCUGUACCUAUGCCACAAGUGGGAAAGGUGAAAUCACCAAGUUAUGAAGCAAACUCUUUAACCAAGGAAGGAAAUUCAUAUUUCGAACUUGACCACAAGACCUCAACCCAGACUGACAAUAAUGGUAAAAUGUCAGCAACUGAUAGUUCUUCACUUACAUCUUCACUGCCGCCAGCUAAAGUAGAGAGUCUGUCUGAUACAAAUCCUUUUGCAACAUUUAAAGAGGACAGCAAAAUGUCCAUAUCUGAGGGAACCACAUCAGAUAAGUCUGGCACUCCAGUUGAUGAGGUUGUUGCAGAGGAUAUAUUUUCUCACAUUGCCUCUGCCUCAACAGCAUCCCUUGCAACAAGCUCUUUACCCGAACCUACAACUGAUGAUGUCUCCCCAUCACUACAUGCUGAGGUGGGCUCCCCUCAUUCCACAGAGGUAGAUGACUCUCUCUCUGUCUCUGUUGUUCAGACCCCAACUACAAUGCAAGAAGCAGAAGUCUCUCCAUCUAAGGAGGAAAGUCCUAGGCCUAUGUCAAUCUCCCCUGAUGUUUCAUCAAAAACAGCCAAAUUGAGAAUGCCUCAACAUGAAAAAAAAUCCCCUGAACAGUCCAUGUCAGUUGAGUGUGGCCACGAAUCCCCAGAACACUCAUUUGCAUUGGAUUUCAGCAAGCAAUCACCAGAUCAUCCAUCUGUAGGAGGAAUUCAGCGUAAAGCCACUGAAAAUGGCCCAACAGAAGUUGAUUACAGCCCCUCAGAUGGAGCUGAUGUCAUGGGAGAACAGGGCAGACCUGGGGGAACUGAGAAGAAGCCAAUGCUUUUCAAAGAGUCUGAUAGCACCCAAGUUACCUCUUCUUCCCCAUCAGAUGCCUCUCAGUCCACCCCAUCAGUUACUACACCUUCCCAAAUUGGGGAGCCAAAAGAAAUGUCCCCAACUACAGGUCCUUUUUCAGAGUCUAUAACUCCAAAACUGUCACCCCACAAUCAGUCCCUUUCUCCCCAAUCUCCUGACUCAUCUCUUGUUCUAGGUGGACCAAGUACCUUGUAUGAAGGAAUGGACAAAGGUAAAACAAGUCCCACCUCACUUUACCAUGAGAGCAGUAUGCCUAAAACAGAGGACACCCAACAGAAUUUGGAGAAAAUGAAGGCUAUGUCACCCUCAUCUCCAACUGUAUUAUCUUGUCUUUCUCAGAAGACAGAUGAGCUUAAAAUUAGCCUAGCAACCAAUCCCUUUACAGACUCGAAGUCCCCCACCAGUCCAAAAAUGUCAUCUCCAUCCCAACGUUCUCCCUCUUCCAAUCAGACAGAGACAAAAGAAAAUUUUUCCAGCAGCUCCACUUCAAAUUCCCACACCACUCAAUAUGGCGAAUCUACCAAGAAAUGUGAUGAUAGCUCUAGAAGGCCAGAUACCUCAAAUAAAAGCCUUUCUCAGUCACGUGCAGAUGUGGACUUGUGUUUGGUGACCUCCUGUGAAUACAGGCAUCCAAAGACAGAGCUUUCCCCCUCCUUUAUAAACCCCAGCCCUCUUGAAUACUUCAUGAAUGAGGAAAAUCCUCUCGAGGAAGAAAAGCCACUUGCUAAGUCUGGAGGAGGACAACCUCCACCUGGAGAAAAACAGCAGAGCAAGCAGUGUGAGGAAACUCCACCAACCUCUGUAAGUGAAUCAGUGCCCUCUCAAACUGACUCUGAUGUUCCUCCUGGCACAGAGGAGUGUCCAUCAAUAACUGCAGAUGCAAAUAUUGACUCUGAGGAUGACUCAGAAACAUUACCAACAGAUAGAACUCUCACUUAUCGUCAUGCAGACCCAUCUCCAAUUACGCCCAGAGACCCUGCUCCUGCUCCUCCACAUCCUGAUGUCUGCAUGGUGGAUCCAGAUGUCCUCAAGGCUGAGGAGGCAUCCCAAAAAGAGGAGGGAGGGAAACCUAAAAAGAGCAAAAUCAGCAACAAGACCAAGUCAUCUGCAACAAAGAGCUUGACAAAAGCAAGUGUCAUGAAAGAGAUGAAAACAUCCUCUCCAAAAAAGACUACAGAGAACAAAGAUGCCAAAAAUGCUACCAAUACCUCUGCAUCAAAGGGAGUGAAAAGCAACACUUCAGGAGGCACCAAGUCUAGCAGUGGAAUGUCAGUACCUAACUGUCCUCCAAUGUAUAUGGACCUAGUUUACAUCCCAAAUCACUGCAAUGCCAAGAAUGUGGAUGCUGAGUUCUUUAAACAGAUUAGAUCCUCCUACUAUGUAGUCAGUGGCAAUGAUCCAACAGCACAAGAGCCCAGUAAGGCAGUCCUUGAUGCUGUGUUAGAAGGAAAGAGCCAAUGGGGAAAUAAUAUGCAGGUCACACUGAUCCCAACCCAUGAUACAGAAGUUAUGAGGGAGUGGUAUCAGGAAACCCACGAGAAGCAGCAAGACUUAAACAUUAUGGUUUUGGCGAGCAGCAGCACUGUCGUUAUGCAAGAUGAAUCUUUCCCUGCAUGUAAGAUUGAGCUGUGAUUGUCAUGACUCAUGAUCAAGAUGUUAUAGAUGGUGUAUACUGAAGAACAAAACAAUUAAAAAACUUACUACACAAAAUUACAAAAACAAAUGUUUUGGAUCACAUUCCAAAUACUAAAUGGGGGAACCAGUAGUUAAAAUGUUUCUCAAUAUAAUUAUCUAAUACAUUUUGAGGCCUCCGAUUGUGAAAACAUUUGGAACAAAAGGAUUAUGCAAAGGUUUUGUUGACCAUGCCUAGAGUAGCGUUUGGUGUGUAUGAAACCUCCUCAAACACACCCACACAAAACAUACACACACUCACACAUCCACCCACACAAAACACACACACACAUGCGCACACACACAGUGAUGGUGAAUAAACAAUGUACUGAGCAGUUCCAAUAAAACUUAACCUAGUACUAAUCAUUUAAUCGUUUAAAAACAGUUGAUAAGUGUAUCAAAUCAGCAAAAAUAGGAUUGAAGGAUUGUUUUAAUGUGUUAGAAAGUUAAACUGAAUGUACAAUAAACAUGAUGCACUUAAUAUGAGGACAAUGAAUGGUGUGUAUGAUCCACAACCACAUAGAAGACACAAAACAAAUUACAUAUAUAGCAUAUUAUGCAAAGGCAACAUAAAAAAUCAUAUUCCAGCAGCACUGAGUUGUGUAAUACUUGCAUAAAAUAUGAAUGCGAGGCUUGCCACAUUUGGAAUUGCAAAAUAGAAUAAAGAACCAAUUUAAAGACUUUUGAGUAAAACAAAAAAUGGAAAAUGGAAUUUAUGGAACAUUAAAUUCCAUAAGUAAUACAUUAAAACCUAAAAGUUAUAUAGUAAACGUUCAUAUUUUACCUCUUCCUCCAGGACUAGCAAACAAUAUACUGACUUGUCUACUGAUACCAGUGUAAUAGACCUUAAUUUUUUAUGUGUAGGAGAUAAUUUUUAAAAAACUACCCAUCAUUAGCUUGACAUCUUGUGAAUUUAACACCAGCUUUUUAAUUUAAAUAGGUAAAAAUUAAAUGUUUGAAAAAAAUUGUUACUCAUCAGUCUGCACUGCUUAUUAUUUGCACACUUUAUGAUAUGUUUUAUCCUUUUAACUGAUUAAUACAGUUACCAAAUCUUACAAUGCCUUAUUUAUUGCUUCAUUAAUUUAACAUUUAGAAAUUUAGUAGUUGUGCAUUCCUAUGCAGUCAAUUGUGAAAUGAAGACUCUCACAGGGGGAAAUUAUGUUGAUUCAGAUUGUCAAAUUUAAAAAAAAAAAAAAAAAAAAUUUUAAACUAUUGCUUUCUCCAAAUUGAGUCUUUGAAGUUUAAAGCUAUUCAGCAUUGUUUGUCCAAAUCUUAUCCAUCUACAAUUUUUAUUUUCUUAGUUUGUCAAUGUUGCCAAGAGCCAUCCAGAUUAUGGUACAUUGAAUGUGAUGAAACAGAAAACUGUCCUUUCCUUAGGAAUCUUUUAUAAAAUUGCACUGUACUGUAAUUAUAAAUAGCUUGGUGACAGAGUGAGUGGCCGGAUGUGCAUGUAUAAUAUAUUGUACUUCACAUUUAUCUGUACUUUCUUUCACUGAGAGGAGAAACUCACUCUUUACAGCCAACAGAUCAUUGCAAGGAAAUUACUAAAAUAAUUCACAGUUGGAGAAACAUAAACUUGGACCAGGUUUAUUGCAUUUAAUCAAUAGCCACAGUCACUGAAUUUUUACCAUCUCAUUGAAGGCUGUCAGUGAGAUAACAUUUCAAUCACCUAUUCCUAUGAUGCUACCACACGAUACUGAACAGAUUUUACACAAUUUAUACUAGUAUUUAAAUUGUGUGAUGUCUACUUAACAAUAGAGAAAAUAAGUCUAAGAAUCAUGUAGUGAGAUUAUACAACCUGUUGUUCAAUCUUUCAAAUCCAUAAAUGGAAUUUAAAUAGAACAACUUGGUGCCAUUUUGGUCAAACUCAUUUCAACUGUUCAUAGAAGUACAGUACACUCGUUAACAAACUUCUUAAACUUCACAAUAUAUGUCACGAUUCAGAACUGGAAUCAUCUCUAAUUCCACGAUAACAGCAGCAACAGGCAACAGAUGUAAACCACAUGCUUCAGCAAAAUGCAUUAUUGUUCACCUGCAAGACAUCUAAAUGGCUAAAAACACCUUGCUCAUUCAAUCUAUUUCAUCUCUCUAUUCAACUAUUAAACACUUGUCUUCACUUUCUCCUCUCAAACCCUCACAAUCUCUCCUUAAUUACACUUUCAUGUGCUAGUAAGAAUAUGUCUGCAGUUGUGUAUGAAGUAUAACUUGUGAAUUUGCAUCUUUCCUCUUUUCAUUCCUAAUCCCAUAUCUAGAGUUAAUAGUCUCCAAUUAAAGUAUUACUUGUGCUUUUUCUGAUGUUUGUGUGCGAUAUCUCCUCCCAAAUCUGGGAUGUUUGAUGUAAAGGUACUUACAGUUAAAAAGAGGGAACAUCAACCCACAAUAAAUAGUUUUGUGGAAAAUGA